AAGGAAUGGAACUCGACGAGGCCUGUAGCUGGAAGAGAUGGGGGUUCGUUGUGAGGACUAUGGUGCGAGUGAACUUGAAGAACAUGAUGGUCGUGUGUGCUUAUCUGUAACGCAUGCCUUGCUCGCACUACGACAUGGAUGAAUUACUAUGCAUUGGCGACACUUUCUGAAUAGUGACGAUCGUGCAAUGCCUUAUACUGUAAUACUGUCCAUUCAGUCACCUUCUGUGGACACUGACAUAUCCAAACCGUCUUUACAUCUUCAUAUUGUUCCCAGUAUAUGUCUUUUGUUAAGGUGCUGCGACAGACGGUCUCGUAUGCUGAAAUUUUCAGGGAGCUACAACCUCUCGCGAUGUGCCCUCAUGCGUUCGACUGUAUUCCUGAUCUAGCAGGGCUUUGUACUUCUCGCCUUCCAAUGGCUCUCGACAAUUCACCACCCUUUGAAAGGAGAGAUGUUUCAGCAAAGUCGUUCGCAUAACUUCAGACUGAAUAUCCCUAGUCAAUUUUGCCCCAUUGUGCAGGUUCCUAUACAUGACCUCACACGCGCGGUCGUGUGCAAUUGCACUAGCGGCACUCGUGUUUCAAACUGACCUUAUUUUAUCCCGACCACCAUCGUCCUGGGGCUAUUGUCAACGUGGAGAACUUCACACCGAUUAGACACUUCAAGGCCAUCGGAGCAGACCAUCGUUCAGUGAAACAGUCGACAAUGUAGCCCAUGGCGUAUUGAACGAUUGGGACUUGAACAUAUUCGACGAUCUUUCAGACUGCACGGAACAUAGGCUGGAGCGCUCCGGCACUAUUACCUUCAUGAGAUUAGAGGAGCUCUACGAUGAUUGGUUCUGCCGUGCCAAGAUUGCACAACAAUAUCACCAUGAUUUUGAACAUUUUAUCUGGAUGCUUCCAUGGGCAGUGUUGUGCUAUGAAGACAAUUACCGAAAGAAGCCUCCGAAUCCAGUCGGUGGCUACAAACUUUACCACCAUAUCCCUUUUCGGUGGAUAAUGGUAUGUGACAAGUCUCGUAUUCCAUGUCAGUCGAGACUAUCACCUCAGGCUAGAGCUCUCGGGCGAUGGCGUCGAGCUAGAGGAGUCAUUGCCUCAAGAUAUGUAUACCGACCUGCUUUACUUCAUUCGAGAGCCGCCCUUUGUCAAACCGUUGGUCUUUCCUUCCCUGAAGACUAUCCCCUUACCAUACCGCAGCUUCCUAAUCCAAAAUUAGACCACAAUGAAGAUUCAGACAAUACUGAAUAUUGCCUGCUUGAGUAACAGCACGAGAACCCCGGGGCCGCAAGUACGAUGAGAGUGCGGGUGUGGAUGAGUUCAGCUCCAUCAGGAGUUUGAGAGUGAGCUUGAAUGAAGGCCCAAGAGCUAAAUGUGAGGUAAGGAAUGAAGAAGAGGCGCAAGGGGAAGAAAGAUACAUACUUCGUACGAGAGGAAGACAAAAUGUUAAUGUAUACGUUGGUCAAAUUUGAUAUCCGAUGGGUCUAGAAGAUAUUCAGCGUC